AUGAGCGGCAGGGGUCAAGAUGAGCAGCCGACUGGGCCAGAAACAUCGUCAUCUGAUGCAAAGCUGCUUGGAGAUGACGCAGCAUUGGAGGCUACGUCGCUGGAGGCACUCGAAAGCGACUUCGAAGAAGUGCUAGCAGAGCUGGAAGGUGAUAAAAGCUUGGAGCGAUUUCGUCUCGAAUACGAGAAACUGCACCGAGCGUUGAAGAAGUCUAAUGGGCAGGAAAAGAAGCUCAUUAAGAAAUGUCGUGAGUUAAAUGCUGAGAUCAUCAACAAUGCUGCCAAGGUACAGACAGCUCUCAAGCUCUCGCAGGAGGAUCAGGCCAGUAUCGCAUCAUUGAAGAAAGAGAUGGAGAAGGCGUGGAAAAUGGUGGAUGCGUCCCACGAGAAAGAACUUCGUGCCAAGGAGACGAUUCAGCAGCUCAAGGAUGAAAUUGUCAAUCUUGGUCGCCUCGUGGAGCAAGGGACUGGACUAAGCGCUGGACAGGAAAGUAUGUUGAAGGAGGUUAUGCGUGCCAAGGAGGAACUGAUGCGGGCCAAUGAGGAGCACGAAGUCAACGCUAAGAAGGACCACGAAAGGAUCCAAGAGCUGCAUCGUCGUCUGGCUGAUAUGGACACCCUUACUGCUACGCAAAAGAGUGAUAUUCAAACUCUAAAGGACCAGCUCGCGAUGAAAGCUGCAGAACAAGAGCGGGAGAUCCGACGCAAGGAACGACUGGAUAAAGAGAUCAAAGACGUAAAGAGUAAGUUGGAGAAGAAGACAACAGAGCAAGCUCAAGGCGCGACGGAGCUUACCCGCCUACAGACUCAAGUUGGAGCGCUUGAGAAGCAGCUCGCGGAGGCUCGUGGUACGAUGGACAAAUAUGUCCGCGACUAUGAGACGCUAUUCGGACGUACCCAGAAGCUCACAGAUCUGCUUAACGAGCAAAACGAUAAGACCAUGCAGCUUGAAGUGGAGCGACGCAACCUGGAGAACGAGCUCAAGACCCGACACGAUGAAAUCCACCGCGUGAAGCUCGAGAAGGGAACUGUGGAACGCAAACUGGACAAGGAGAAGCGGCUGUUGCAACAGCUUGAGCAGAAACUUGAGGGCGAACACACAGCCAAGAUCGUGCUGCAAACUCAGAUCAAGAGCAUGCAACACGACCUUGAUCAGGACAAGAUCAAUGAGGACCAUGCACGUACAGAGUUGGAGGCGUUGGAGCGAGAGAAAGCCAUGCAAAUCAAGCAGACUUUGAAGGCAGAAGGCAAGGUUCGUCGUGCACAGGAUGAGAUCAAGACCAACGAGCGCGUAGCCAAGAACUUGGAGCAAGAGUUGGCUGGAUUCAAGCUCGAAGCAGCGAAGCAGCGUAAGCUUAUUUACCAACUGGAAAAGGAACGGGAGAAGUAUGGCAUGGAAGCAGCAGAACAGCGUAAACUGUUCUUGCAAUCUGAAGAAGAGGGAAAGCUGAAGGAAAUGCGAAACCACGACUUGCAGAAGAAGGUCCACGAAGGAGAGACCAAGUUGAAGCAGCAACAACAGCUUUACGAGGCUGUACGCAGUGAGCGUAACCUGUACAGCAAGAACCUCAUCGAAUCGCAAGAUGAGAUCGCCGAGAUGAAGCGCAAGUUUAAGAUCUUGACUCAUCAGAUCGAGCAGCUCAAAGAAGAAGUUGCAGCCAAAGAUGUUGCGUUAGUCAAGGAGCACUUUGAUCACCAGAAGGUGGAGAAGCAAAAGGAACAACACAAGAGCGAACUUGCUCGCUUACGAGCUCUCCUGGCGGCAAACGAAGAAACGAUCAACAACCAGGACGCAGAGGUGCGCAAGCUCAGUACUCUCAUUCGGCGUAUGGACGAUGAGGCUCUGGAACAGCGUAAAGAGUACGACCAGGUUAUCAAUGAGCGCGACAUUCUAGGCACCCAGCUUAUCCGACGCAACGACGAGCUUGCACUUCUGUACGAGAAGCUCAAGAUUCAGCAGUCCACACUAAGCAAAGGAGAAGCUCAGUACCAAGAGCGACUGCAGGAUAUUCGCGUGCUGAAGUUGAAAGUGACAGACCUGAAGCGCGAGCUGUAUAUUGCCAAGCACCAAGUGGGUCAAGCUGAUGAAUUGAAGCGUGAAGUGUAUCAUCUUCAACGUGAACUGCUCCAGGAAAAAACGAAGGUAAAGGCUUUAUCGGAGGAACUAGAGAACCCCAUGAAUGUUCAUCGAUGGCGCAAACUCGAAGGAAGUGACCCAGCAACAUACGAGUUGUUGCAGAAGAUUCAGACUCUUCAAAAGCGACUUAUUCAAAAGACUGAGGAGGUCGUUGAGAAGGAACUCGUGAACCAAGAGAAGGAGAAACUUUAUCAGGAGUUGAAGGCGAUUCUAGCCCGACAACCAGGCCCUGAAGUUGCAGAACAGUUGAGCUGGUACCAACAGGUCGUUCGAGAAAAGGAGAAGCAGCUUAAGAGUUUGCUUAGUGAGCAGAAUAUGUUCCAAGCCAAGGAGCAUGAGCUCAAGUUCGAGAUUGAGCGUCUAGCGCGCGAGCUACAUGAAUUCAAGCGCAAAUACUACAAGAAAAAGCUCGAGGCCAAGAUGAAAGACAAACAACCUGUCAUCCUAGCCUCGAGGAACCAGCAGCAGACUCAAUUACCAAACAUCCCGAGUAAUAACAGCAGUAAAGCUAGUCGACCGAGUCCUGCUGAGCAACAACGACAACUAGCAAUCGCAGCAGCAAACCGCUUUGUAGGCGGUGGUUUUAGUCUCAACCAAUAG